AUGAGCAUCAAACAGUACUCCACGGAUCCAGAGGAGCUUCAGAAGUUCUAUGCCGAGCCGGACAAGAGGCAGCCUGACGCCCACCUCGAGCGACGACCUUCGGGAGCCCAUGGCAGCUUUGGCAACUUGGUCGUCCGCGCCGGGAAUGUCAAGUUGCAGACGCCUCGGGCCAUCCCCGCGCCGAAGUCCAGGCCGACGUGGGCUUCGCAGCGAUGCCAGAGGGAGAUGAUGUGCAGGGAUGACAGUGGCAGCAUACGGUUGGUGAGCACGCGCUCAAGCAAGGGAAAGAGCAGGUGUCAGAGCUAG